AUGGCCCGACGCAUCAAGACAUUGUUCCCUGCCACCCUCCCUUUCGCCCAGCCUCCGCCCCGCGUUAAGCAGGUCGAGGCUCGUGGCCAGACCCCGUUCUACAUACUCGCGUGGAGGGUGCACAACAACAAGCUGGACAUCAUCGACCACCAGUUCCCGGCCGUCGACACGCACUACGAGAAGUGCUGGCACGCGACGAUGGCGAAGCAUGCGGUGCGAGAAAGCAUCGGGGAGCCCUACGUGAUGACCAAUAUCCUGUGCGACGGAGACCGGCGCCACAUGUACUUUAUAACCCAGACGAACCUGCACCCGUUCGACCUCACCCCCGACUGUCUCCAAGUGCGCAUGGCAAGAGAGGCGCUCGAGGCGUUCUAUCUUCCGUACGUCGACGACCCUGAUGAUGUGCUGGGGGACCCGGUGUGGUAUCGUGUAGGGCCAUUCAAAGACGCGACCCCGAAGGAAACUUGA